AUGAAUGCUGCAUCCUAUAAAUUUGACAAUGGGCAGAGCUACCCUACCAAACGUUUCCCAGCCAGAGCAUUAGGCCUGCUCCGUCGAAGGAAAGACGGGGGUGGUCAUUGGCUUGUGGCUUACAGAAAGGCAGAGGAGCAGAGGUACAGUAAUGUGCACAGAAGAAUAAAAGAGACUCAUAAGAAACAAAAGAACAUCAGGGCAGCUGAUACUCUUCAUGGUAACACAUUAGAUGGGCCCUUACUGCUGCGGUUACAUUGCGUUGAUAAACCAUCUGAGCUGUGCUCUGUUGACAUCAGUGAACAGGAAUUGAAUUCUGUCAAACCAGAAGACCUCAAGGUGUUUGAUAAUGUAGCUUACAUCGAUGCUUCUAUAAACUCCCUCUCUUUAGGUUCUUUCAGCAGUUUUGUGUCUUUAAGAGAACUCAAUCUGUCUGUAAACGGGAUUUGCAACAUGACAUUUGAUGCCCCUGACUUCCCUUAUCUCGAGGUUUUGGAUUUGUCCUACAACAGUUUGUCAGCUGAUGAUAUUGUUUCUAUCGGCUGGCUCCCCCGUCUGAAAGUCCUUCAUCUGACUGGAAAUCAGCUUCAUCAUCUCCCUCCUCAUCUGGGUUUUUCCAACUGUGAAUCCACUCAGUUGCCAGCUAAAGAAGAAGACACACAAUUUAGAGCUCUUGAAGUCCUGAUGCUUGAUGAUAACAAACUGUCCUCUGGAGUCUUCAGCAGUCUGACAAACCUUAAGAGGCUAAAGUAUUUAAACCUACAGGGGAACCGCAUUUCUGAAAUACCAUAUUUGCAGCCAGCAGGCUUUUCAAAACCUGUUCGAACUACUGAAAAGCAAGCUGAGGAAGACGGGCCUGCCUACACUGAACCAGAUCCUGACAGUGGUGAAGAUUUAAAGAGAAUCUCACAGGAACAUCACAAGGAGCAUUGCAAAGUAUCCAGUUUGCCGCUAUCAGAGCUUCAGUUCCUCAAUUUAUCUGACAACAAGAUUGCAGAGGAGGAAGCACUGAUGGCUGUCGCUCUUUUCCCGAUGCUUCGUGAAAUUGAUAUUCACUCCAACCCUCUGACCACACAGAGAAGUGGAGAUCCACCCUUACUGACCUAUUACCUCCAAGAGAGACUGGGGAUAACAAUAAAGCGUAAAAAGACGCAAGAAGUUGUGAAGCCCCCGCUGAAGGUGUCCAUGGAUCCAAAAUGGAAGGUGCAAGAAAGAAUCCCAAAGGUGUCAAAGAAGCCGUUGCUGAUGGAUGCUCCUUGUCCUGUACAAACUUAUGAGGAUGAGGAAACUGAGGUGACUGUCAAGAACACACCAGAAUCUGAGAGGAAGAGCAGCAGAGACAACAUCCAAGAAAAUACAGAGCACUUCUUUGUUACUCAGGUAGCAGACAUUUCUGAUUAUGAGUUUGAUCGUCGAGGUGAUGAGAAUGAACCAGAAAAUAAGGCGAGAAAUGAGGACGACAAAUUCAACUGUUACAAAAUGUUGAUGGAUGCAAAACCAGACCCUGAUGUGGUGGAGCCCAUUGGAAUUCAAACAGCUGUUCGGAUGCUGGAACACACACUGAAGAAUCUUAAUGUUUACAGAGACUCGAAACCAAAACUUGAUAGCAUCCAGAUGCCAUACAGAGAAAGAGAGAAAAGGAUUAAGGAACUUCCAGCUUUGAAACCAAUAAAGCAGCCGAGUGAAAGAGUUGAUGAAAUGAUCAAGGAAUUGAGAGAGAGUACAACGACAAGAGAAGUUGCCUUGAGCAGCGCCCUACACGGCGCAGGUGUUAACGAGCAAGAAUAUAAAGAAGCUUUAUCGCUGCUGAGGGACAUGAAGAUGAAGUACAAGAUGGUCCAUAAGAAAACAAUGGAACAAGCCGCCAGCCUUGAGUCUGAUGGAAACACCAACCUAAAUGGAGUUCAGCCUCCACCUGUGCAGAUGCUCUGA